AAUUCUAUGCAGUUACUAUUCAGAAUGUUUUUCUUCUGUACGUUGAUAUUUUCACUAUUAUGUGUCGCAAGGUGUCAAUUGGUUGCCACCUCGACACAUGAUAUGCAGCGUGUGCUGGAAGGCGAGGAUCAUCUCCUCAACGAUUUGCGCCUGUACAUCGAUGCUGUAGAGCAGAAAUUAAAAAAACAUUCGCAUUAUACUGAAAGAUGCAGUGCAGCGGGAGCAGGAAGCUCUGCUUGAUCCUCUUGGCUUCGUUUCGAAUCCGUUGAAUAGUUUUCCGAUGGUGCGCAGGAUGCACAAGGAUGUGCCUACCCUGUACAACUAUUUGAAACGCGAAGAGGGCGAAGAUCUGCAGCAGAUAGCGGAUUAUAGGUUGGAAAUUAUCGCUGCAGGAGAUGUGAAGCACGCUGCCGAAGAAUUGCUUCGCAUACAGCGAAUCCAUGAGCUGGAUGAACGGGACAUGGCCAAAGGAUUGCUACAAAACGAGAAAUACAAGGCCAAGUUGAAUACACAGGAUUGCAUGUACUUGGGCAGACAUCUCAGCAAAAAAAGGGGAGCAACAGCUGGCCACCAAGUGGAUGGAACUGGCAUUGGAGCAGUUCAAUGAGACACCCGAAAUCGUCUUGCAACAAUUCGCCUUGAACCGAAGUUCCAUUUUACAGGAAAGGAAUCAGCUGCAGCUGCCACGGACUCGAUUGGAAGAGCUUUAAAAAAGUGAUGCCAAAUAAUAUAUGACAUAUAAUAUCUUAAUUCCUUUGUUUUG